AUGAAUUAAAAAAAAGGAAAAGCAAUUCCUACUUAAACUUUAAGUCUUACAGUUUAAAAUCAAUUACCACAAAUAUAAAGUUAAACUAUCACUUAAUCCAAUAAUCAAACAUAAGGUAUCUAAACAUUUAAAUAACCACCAAAACCAUAGAAAAUGUUUGCUGAAUAUAUGAAACAAUUAUUACAAAAUCCUGAAACUAAGAAAAUCUAUGAUGAAGCAGCUAAUAAAUUAAAUGCUCAUUAAACAGAAGACAUAAAAUAAUAAUCUUAAUAAUCAUCAAAACCUUUUUCAAUUAAACAAUCUUAAACUUCUAACAGUUUCGGUUCUAAUAGUAAUUAAAGUAAGAAACCAUUAAAUUAAUUUUAUGAAUCAUCAAAAAUUAGAACUAUCAAUGAAUCAAUUCCAAGACCAUAAUCAGAGAAAAGGCCAUUAGAAAAUCAAAGUUAUGUAUCUACUCAAAAAUCAGAAGAUGUUUCAAAUGAUAUUGAUAUUAAAAGUGUUAAAUCAGAAACCUUUAGCAUUUCUAAAUCAUCUUAAGAUUUACCUAAUACUAAUUCUAAAUAUGUUUAAAAAAAAAGAUAAGAAAUUAAUUAUGAUUCUGAUAUUUGGGUAAAAAAAGAAGUUCCUCAAUAUAAACUUCAAAAUAAAGAAUAUCAAUUAAUUAUGAAUUAAGUCGAACAAUUAGUUUAAUCAAGAGAAUAAUCAAGACAAAUUUAAUUAAAAGAGAUAGAAGGAUUUAUUUAAAGUAGAUAGACUCCUCGAACUUAAGCUAAAUAAUAAAUUAAUGAAGAAUAAGAAUUAGAAAAUUAAAUUUAAAUGUUAGCUAUAGAAUUAGAUUAAGUUGAAAAAAUUGAAUUAGAAUAAAAAACUAAAAUUGAUAUUUAAAAGUUUUAAUAAUUAUUAGAAUAACCUUUAGAAAAUGAUUCAUAAUUCUCAUAAAUGUCACUUAAGUAGAGAUCUAUGUUUAUUACUGAAUUACUUAGAAAUAGAGAAUAAUUUAAAGCUAAAAUUACAGGUUAAAAAUAAGAUUUAGAUUCUCCACUUAAAUUUUAGAAAUUUGACGCUUAAGAAUAAUAUAUUGAAUAAGUUGAAAAAAAAAUUGAAAAGUAAUAAGAAAAUUUAGAAAACAUUACAUAAUUCAAAUUACCUAAUGAAUAUUAAUUAAGGUUGGAAUCAUUAUUAUAAGAUAUUGAUAAUCUUAAAUAAAAUUCAUCUAAAAAUUAUUCAAAUCCAUUUUAAAUUCCUAAAGAAAAACUAACUGAUAUUCAUAAAAAAAUUAAAAAACUUAAUCCUAAAUUUGUAGAAGAUGCAGAUCUAGAAUUUGAUAAAAAUUGUAUGUUACCAAAAGAUCCCAUUUUAAGAAAGGAAGCUAUUGAAAGAAUUUUAGAAACUAAAACAUAAGAAGUCAAUUCAGAAAUAUUUAAAUUAGUAUCUAAAAGUAAUAGUUUAGAAGAAAAACCUAAGAUUUAAUAGUUUAUUGAAUAAAUUAAAAAAAAAACAUCAUAUACUCCAAGUCAAUUCUUGAAAUUAAAAAUGUAAUAAUUUGAUGAUCUAUCUAAAAAUAGUGAAAAUAGUGCAAAAGAAUUAUCUAAUAUUUAAUGCAGCACUAUUUUAAAUGAAUUCUCAGAUUAUAAAAAAUAGUUAGACAUAGCUAUCAAAUAAAAUUAUGAAAUAUUACAUUCUAGUUAAGAACAAGAUAUUUCUAAUGAAUUAGAUUUCUUACAUGAAUAAUAAUAGAAAGUUUAAAAUUUAUAAAAUGAAUACUAAAAAGUCUAAGAAUUUAUAGAUAAGUUUACUAUUGAUUAUUCAUUACCGGUUAUUAAUGAAGAUGAUGAACUUAAUCAAAAUUUUGAAAUUUAAUAAUAAACUUAGCCUCUACAAUCAAUUGAAGAAUUAGAUCAAGAAAUUACAAGAAAAGUAAGAGAAUAACACCCAGAAUUGUUUGAAGAAUGA